AUGGCAGCUACAGAGGCUGUCGCGGAUGGGCCCGACGACGAGGAUGAUGCAGUCGGUCGCCCAGUAUCCGGCCCAGUAUCCGACCCUCUCACCGGUCUAGAUUUUCUUAGGUCUGUCCUACCGAAGCACAAUCCACCUCCAACGCCACCGUCGCAACCUAGCUCGAGCCGCCCACCUAUUCCUUCAGACACCACACCUCUGCACGAGGCCGUCACUGAACCAGCGACCGCUGCGCAACAGGCGGUGCCCCAUGAGGCGUCUGUUGGUGCACCUUCUCGUCCCGCGCCACCGUCGAAGCUGCGGUACCGGCAGUCCACCCUUGGUUGGGCCACUCCGCCUCCUCCAUCGACCGUUGUGACUCCUGCGAGCGACGAUUCUCCCAUGCAGGACAGCUCCAUGCCCACGCAGGGCAGCCCGAGGCCCACGCAGGACAGCUCAAAGCCCAAAUCCGAUAAUCCUGAGUUGAAAUACGAGGAAGCGCAUGAGAGAUUCAAAUCGAAGUGGUCCACCGAUUACAGUUGGCUUGUUCUAACUAAGACCUCUUCUGGUGCCCCUUCUUUCAAGUGCAGUAUUUGCCUGGAGUUUGCGGGAUUGAAUGGCAAGUGUGGGCGGCGUACCGAGGGAGCUACAGACGUGCAGACACAGUCCUUCAAGAAGCACGAAGGGACGGUGAAGCACCGAUUUGCUCUGCAGCGCCAGGAGGACUUGCUGCAGAAGUACGGGCGGCAGCAGCGCAUCGACAUGCACCCGAAAGCGCAAGACAUGGAGCUGCUCCAGGUGUCGUCGCUCGUCGACUCGCUAUACUUCAUGGGGAAGUGCAACGAGCCCAUGGACUCGUGGAUCCGGCUCGUGCGCUACCUGGCGAAGAAGAAAGUGCCCGGGGAGGCCUUGGCUGCCAAGGCCGCAGCGGAGAAGAUACCCACCUUCAACAUGGUCGACGACGUGAUCCGCGCCGUCGCAGAGUACCUCGGGCGAUCGGGGCCGUGGCAUCAGCGCUUCAUGGAGCUCCAGGAGGUGUUCACGUCCACCAUCCUCGAGGUUCAAGGCAUACACGACGUGCGGUGGCUGUCCAGAGGAGCUGCAGUUGCCCGCUUCGUCCAAGUCCUACCUGCCAUCAUGGUCAUGUUGUCGGAGUGGAAGGACCAGACCAUGUACGAACUCGUCACGUCGUACAGGUUCCAGUUCCUCAUCAGGUUCCUCGCGGACAUGCUGGAGCAGCUCAACGUCCUCUCCUCAGUUUUUCAGAAGCGAGAACUCGACUACGCGCUGGUGCACACGCAGAUUGUGCGCACCACAUCGAUCCUGGAGGCUCGGUACGUCGACUGUGGAGACGACUUCGGGGGGGGGGCGACCGAGAGGCUCUACCGCUUCAUUGAGAAGCACGGUCCGGGAGGGACACCAGAAAUGGUGGUGGAAGGAGCAUCGUCCGACGGCAGUAUGAACCGCUUCAAGGUGAAGCUUCACGAACGCACCAACCCAAGCUAUCGUGGGCCUGGUCAUCACCACGCCUGCGUUGCGCUCUGCACCGACAUGGCCGAGCUCGUUGUCGAGCAGCUCCAGUCCAAGCUCGGCGACCUUGACUCACUUUCCGGAGUGCGGCUGUUUAUUCCAGAGAUGUGGCAACCUCACUGGGACCGGGACGCACGGCAGGCACAGUGCCUGGAGUGGCUGAUGUCGCUUGUCACGUUGUUUCGCGCAGAUGAAGCCGACGAGAUACUACCUGUUCGCCAAAUCGCCCUCCCGUCUCCCACUCUGUCGCGCGUCACGUCGCCAUUUCGCCGCUCGUCCCGUCGCCCUCUUCGUCGCCCUCUCUCCCCUCCUCUCCUCCCGCCGGCCUCUCUCUCGCCCCUCCCUACCGAUCGCCCUCCCGUCGCUCGCCCCGUCGCGCUCUCUCUUUCCGCUCCCUUCCCGUCGCCCUCUCUCUCGCCCCUCCCUUCCCGUCGCGUUCUCUCUCUCUGCUCCCUUCCCGUCGCCCUCUCUCUCGCCCCUCUCUUCCCGUCGCGCUCUCUCUCUCUCCGCUCCCUUCCCGUCGCCCUCUCUCUCGCCCCUCCCUUCCCGUCGCGCUCUCUCUCUCUCUGCACCCUUCCCGUCGCCCUCUCUCUCGCCCCUCCCUUCCCAUCGCGCUCUCUCUCUCCGCUCCGCCCUCUCUCUCGCUCAUCCCUUCGAAUCGCGCUCUCUCUCCGCUCCCUUCCCGUCGCGCUCUCUCUCUCCGCUCCCUUCCCAUUGCCCUCUCUCUUUCUGCUCCCUUCACGUCCUCCCUUCUCGCUCGCCUCGAAUAGCCCUCCCGGCGACCUUCGACUCUCCCAUCACGUAUGCCCUCCUUUCUCUGACGCCUCUCUCGUUCUCCCUCUGCUAUCGCGCCUCAAGUCCAAGGCAGCACAUUGA